GGCCAACACAACAACACCAUGGCCGACAUGUUGAACAGCCUCGACACCGUCUCCGCACUUGCUGACCAAAGUAACUUCCACACGGACCGGGGACACAACUCUAGCAACUAUACCACCAAUGCUGAUGGUACUCCAUCCUGCCCAAGUCCUAGACAAGCAAUUUCGACCACUUAUCAACCGGUGAUAUCGACUGGAAAUGUUUCCGUUUCGACUCCAUUCGUGUCUGUGAGUUCCAAGGUGGAUUACUUCAAAAUGACCACUCCUCAGUGGAUGUCUUGGCCGAUGAGUCAGACGAUGGAUCCAGCUACUGUUCGACGCAUCAUGACACCCCUCCAUAUUAACACAUCAUUUGGUAACGACUAUUUUUCUCAGUAUCCGCAUCAGGGAUCAGUUGGCGCGGGUGACGGCCUCCUGAAGAUCGCCACCAACGUAUACUCGCACAAACAAUCGGUUGAGGAGCCUGAACAUCAAGUUCCCUCGGUGACUGAACAGCAGCCAACCAGCUGGCCCACUAUGGCAGUCGUACCAAUCAUAAGUGGAAGAACGGUGGGAGUUAAAAGGCCAGCAUCGGAGGAGCCCGUCUCCGAGGAGUUCUACUUGCCCAAGCUCAAGCGGAGGAAGGGGCGAACUACAUUUACCAAGGAGCAAGUGGAUACAAUGGAGGCGCAAUUUCAGACGAGUAUGUACCUCACCACAGGGGCUCGUAGGGAACUGGCCAAAGAACUCAUGCUUGAGGACAACCAGGUCAAAACUUGGUUCCAAAAUCGGCGCAUGCGUUGGAAGCGUCAACACCCCCAGGUGCAUGUUAGAUCGGGGAAACAUCCAGCAUCAUGCCGUUCUCGGACCCAGGUAGUCAAACCCCUGCAAGGCCCUCCAAGUCAAACCAACCAGCUUAUCGUUCCCACCCCACCGCUGGUUGGCAGCACGCCCUCAGCCGUCACAGGUAGCAUAAAAACGUUUAGCUCCGAUGACCGACCGCUGACAUACCCUAUGCUACCAUCGUCUCUCUAUGACCACGGCCUGAUGGCACCCUCGGCAGCUCUUCAGGAAGAGUUUUGUCCAGCUCAGGCCCUUUACAGUGUCCCCAUUUAUCAUCGCUGUCCAACUGGAUUCGACUUUCAUCCCUGGAUUUCGGCUAACGCAGGUGGACCGCUUGCUGGCGCCCAUUGUGCCACUCGCCACGUGUAGGUUAGAUCCCUGGGCAAACCUAACAGACGGGCUGUUACAUUCGACAGCCAAUUAAUACUAACACAACGGGGCAAUAGUGGGAAGCGCAACAGUAGUCGAUAAAAUAAUGAGUUGUACUCACCGACUUCGACGGUUUCCUCUGACAUUUAUUUCGAAUGUUUGCCCACGUUAUUGUCGGAGAAGACCAGCACCACUUGGUUACAAAUACAUGUACGUGAAUGUAUAGGCGAAACAGACUGAAUAUGCUAUUUAUUUUGCAGAAGAUUUGGACAUCUUGGACUUGUGACUGUUUGAAAUUCAAGAGACACUUUUGAUGCUCAGUUUACGAUGAAAUAGGGGGAAAUUCCUUUAUCUGGAAUUUCAGGUUUCGAUUUAUGUGCACUUCGUGUACAAGACUCCUAGAGGGAUAGAGGGGUAUGGAAAAGUAGAUUGGAAAUUCAAUACACAUAGAUACAUGGGGUAUGCCAAAUCCAUAUGAUGCAAGAUAUGUGGCAAAGGGGGACCCCCCCUUCAAUUGUGGCUUCUUUUGUGUAGAUGUAAUCUUUGGAAUUCCUUUCAGAUUUCCGAGGGGGUGCAGUAGGUAUAAUAGCCAUAGGGUAUACAGCUUAUGCAUCACAUUAGCCCCCCCCCCUUUCCUUCAUAUCGUGCCGGGUAUCGCCCAAUCCUGACUUCGUGUAAGUCUGGUUCCCUGACCAGAAUAGUGCUUGCGACUCUUGAUAAAAUCUUGGGCCAGGUUUCGCCCACGGUCAAGUAUGGUGCAGUCACAACACAAGGAUCACCAGGGAAGCCCCUCUGGGUUGGAAGCUAUGUUAUUUCAUUUAUUUCAUUUUCAGGACACACUUUACAUAGUGCACAAUUGAACGAAAUACACAUCAAAAUCACU